AUGAUGCCAAACACCAUCAAUGAUUCGAAGGCGGAUGUUUCUUCUUUGAAGCAUCUGAACGAUUCGGGAAGAAUUAUUCCCAAAGCACAGCUACCCAAAAAGCGUCCGUUGGCUCCGGUUCCAACAGUACCGGAUCAGUUUGAAGAUGCGGAUGAAGAUGAAUCGGAUCUUGUAUUUACCGCAGCCACGGUAGUACCAGCAAAAAGUUUAUAUGGCGCCACUCAUUAUCCACUAGCACCAAUGUACCAACCACAACAAUCACGAGGCUUUGGAGAAGCGGUUUAUCCAAAACCCAAAAGGGCAAGAACCCAACCACCACACGUUCUUCCCAAUAAUAAUUCGAAUGAUCAGACUACUGCUACAACUGCAGCUUCAACGGCACGUGCUCCAGUCCCAGUCACUCCAGAACUAAACGAGGACCAAGAUGAUGCAAACAAGAGGAAUGGACGUGCUAAAGAGCAAUCUGCUCCAGGCAACAACGACAACCACAAAAGCGUGAAGAAUCCUGCUGCUCGAGCAUCACCGCCCAAUCCACAUCAUCAUCAUCAUCAUCCAGGCAUUGCCGCACACGCAGCUCAUGCCGCACAUAUGUAUCAAGGGUUUGUGCAUGCACAAUCUGCAUAUUACAAUGGAACCUUUGCCCAUGCUCCUCCUGCGUUUCAUUCACAUCCACAUCAACAUCCUUAUCAGCAUCAUCACCCACAUCCACAUCCACCACCACCUAUUCCAAUGAUCCUGUCCCAAAUUGCACAACGGCGACAGCAGGUGAUGCAACAAUACCAAGAAAAACAAAAACAAAAACAAAGCCAACAGGAAAGGCAAUCAGAGAAGGAGAAAGAGCCGCAAACGAAACAAAGUAAUCCGUCUCCCGCUCAUCGUACUACUGCAACUACGAAAAAUUCCAGCUUGAAGAAAAAUAACCAAAAACCAAGUCCUUCUAUCAUUCCAAAAGCAGGAUCACCAGUACCGGUACCAUUUUUGGGCCAUAGUGCGAGUACACUUGCACCCGAAGCUGCUGCUGGUGCAAGAAUGUCUCCUACUCCUAUUCUGCCCAAUGAUCAUCGAAGAGUCCCCCUUGCACCCGCCUACCACUACUGUCCUCCUCUUCCUCUCAAAUAUCAUCAUCAUCGUCCUCCUCAUUAUCGCCCUCCUCCGAAUCCCCUUGGUCCACAACCACAAGACAAACCACCAAACGGUAAUAACAAAGCAAACGACAACAGCAGCAAUAAAAACAACAACAAUAUGACCAAUGAUGAGCAACCACCACCAGCCGAAACACCAGCGCCACGCAAAAAGAGAGGAAGGCCACCCAAAAAUAAGGACACUCCGGAAAUAAGCAAGGGACGAGAGGCCAAUAAAAUUCAAAAGGAACAAAAAGCCAAAGAGAGGGAAGCACUCAAAGCCAAAAAACAGGAAUUGAAACGACAAAAGCAAUCAAAAGUAGCAGCCUCCAAAAAAGGAAAUAACAACAACAACAACAAUAACAAUAAGAAGACUUCCAAGGGAUGCAAAUAUGCUGCCAAAAAUAUCGACAAGUGGAAUGUCAGGUACGAAGAAGCCAAAGAGUUCGCCUUGCAAAAUGGUAACUGCAUGAUUCCCAAUGAAUACGAGGCCAAUCCCUCCUUGGGAUGUUGGGCCAAACGUCAACGAUAUCAAUAUCAAGUAUUCAGGAAAUUGAAUCGAGACAAUACGCAGGACAACAACACUAAUGGUGAUAAUGACGAUGGUAAGAUUUCCUCCUCCUCCAGCAUGACGUCCGAUCGAGUGGCACUCUUGGAAAAGAUUGGUUUUUGUUGGCAUCACAAGGAUCAUCGAUGGCUGGUACGAUAUGGCGAAUUGUUAAAGUUCAUCAAGGAAUAUGGCCAUGCCGGUGUUCCAACGACGUGUAUUGAAAAUCAAGAAUUGGCCGGAUGGGUCAAGGUCCAACGUCGACAAUACCGCUUGUUUGCCAUGCACCAAAAGUCGUCCAUGAGCAUUGAACGAGUGGCCAUGCUCAACAAGGUGGGAUUCAUUUGGUCCAUUAAGGAUGAGGCACCAGCCAUGGACGAAGCUGUGGCCAAAGCCGAAGAGAGUUUGAGACAAGUGGACCUGGAAAAUGCCCGCAACAUGAUGGACUUUGUCCGCAAAAAGACUAGCCUGAAGGAUAUUUAUGAAAAGAGCAAAGAGGAUGCAACUGAUACUACUACUACAAAUGAUACCACUACUACUACUACUACUACUACCGAGACAAGGAAUACGGAGAAUGAAAGUAAUGCUGUUGCUGCUGCUGCUACCAGCAAGGAGAAAGCACCAAACGCAGGAGCAACCACAGGGUAUCCACACCGCACGGCCAUGAUUGCCAAUGGUGCUGCCAUGAUUCAUUGUCCAAGGACCAACAAUUACAGAGGCACAGGUGCUCUGGCUACCAUUGCGGCGACUACGAUGGCGAAUACUGUCUUGCCAUCACCAGAAUUUUUACCAGUCCUCAACAAUCGGAACAAGAAGCGAACAAGUAUGGAAGCCGAUGCUGCAUUUAAAAAGAAACAGGAAGAAGAAGAAAAAGCGCAUCGAAAUGCAAGACUACCAGCAGCAAACUCGCUUUGUCAUCCAGACACAACACCUCUUAGGAUUCCUACUGCUACUGCUACAAUUGGUGCUACUUCCAUGUGGCAAGAGCUUGAUCCCAAGAAGAAGCUUGGCGAUGAUGUUGUUGAUGAUGAUGAUGAUUCUAAACCACCACCAUCAGACUCUGACAAGAUGAAUACUGCCCCUGCUGCGGAUGUCAUGCUGAAACCUACUGCUCCUGCUCCUACUACUUUGAAUAGUAGCAGUAGUUACAAGGCGCCACCCUCACCCAAGAAAAAUGACGAGAAGGAAGCAACGCUUGCCUUGUUGUCGUGGAGACAACACCAAACAUAA